UGUACGUCACACCAACACAGUCUCACUCGCUACUCGUCAAAUGUCUGACGCAUGGUCAAGGGAUCUGGCGUCACUUUUUUGACGCACUGGGUAUACCUUUGACGUCUUUUUUCAACGUGGGGGGUAGUCCGAUAGACUUCUAUGGAACUAAACAGCGUUGAAAUUUGACGUCUUGUUUCAGCACACCACAACCCAUUGUCUGCCUCGUAUGGAUCUAGACUACAAUAAAUAAAAAUAAAAAGGAACAGGUUACAAAAAAUGAUCUAUGCCAAGGUGAGUCAAAUGGCGGCCCCCAAAUGGCGGGUUUUUGAUGUUUAAAAAGCCUCGCAAUCUGAUAUCAAAGCGCCCGCAAAGGUUUAGCGCGUUCAUCAGCGGUGAGUUUAACAACGCUCACCUGCAGGGAAAACGGCAUUCAGAGAUGAGUUUAACAACGCUCACCUGCAGGGAAAACGGCAUUCAGAGGUGAGUUUAACAACGCUCCAAGGCGCGUGCAAGUAAUCAUUGGUAGGACACCGCUUUAACUAUAGCAUGCUGGAUAACGUAUUUUUAUCAGAGGUUUGUUGAUUUUAAUAAAUGCAUAUAAAUGCUACGAUUGUGUUCAAUUAAUCUUUUUAUUAUUAUUAUUAUUAUUAUUAUUAUUAAAUCCUCUAAAUUAAUAACGCUGACGUCACCGUAUGGGCGAUCCCAAGGUCCAUUGCGAUUUUCCACUCGGUAAGUAAAGUAAUGUUAGAAGGCUUAAUUAAUAAAGAUCGAUACUAUUCUUACAUUUACACAUCAAAACUGUUGAAUCAGGACAAGAAGUUGUGUUUAGGAACUUUACAUUUUUUAAGGUGGCCAUAUCUUAUGACGAUAAAUAAUGGAAAACAUUCUAAAAAAAUGGCUUUCUGUACCAAAUGUGCAGGCUAGCAAAGUUAGCUAAUUGAAUUCAAGUUAAUUUUUUGUCGCAUAUAAUCAUGUAAGGUACAAUCAUAAGAGAAUGUAAGAUUUUCAUAAUGAGACAUAACGUGUUACAGCAGCUAUAAUGUAUUUCUGCGUUGGGAUUCUUCUUGUGGUUGUAUGUCGUUGCUCUUUCUUUGCCAAGUGUUUUGUGCCCAUUUAUAUACAGUAAAAUUAUCACAGGGAAAAGGAAAUAAACCAGUUAAAGAAAUAUUUUUCCUUAGUACAAAAGUAGAAUUAAUAACUUAUAAAACAUAUUAAAAAAAAUGGCACUGAUUAUCAGCCAAACUGGCAUUUUGAAUGGUUGGUAUCAAUAUCAGCCAUGAUUGUAAAGAUCAGUCCAUCCCUUUUGAGCUAUUGUAUUGUGAGUUUUCAGGCAACACCCAGCCCUACAGUAUUCUGGCCUAAUACUAUAAGCACCCACAGACCUCCCCGCCACAUCCCAAACCAUGGGCAAACUUGACCAACAUUUUCUCAAGUUCUUAAACCUUUCAGUUUUUCAGUAUAUAUGUAUUUGUAUGUAGCAUGAUCUUUAAAUCUGAAUGUAUUAUCUUUCCCUUCUCUCAACAGGUCCCCUUGUUCCUUCAUCAUUUAUUUUAAAACUUCUGUUUCAUUAAAAAGCAAAAACAAAGGCACUUUUAAGAGCCACGUUUGUCUAUUUAAUUGUUGUUAGUCCGUCUAGUUCUCCGUGGUUCUUGCUCAUUUGCUCUUCCCCCUAUCCCUUUAGUGUUGUUUUGUUUGUCCUUGUUCGUCAUGAGUGACCAUUCCAAUUUCGAACAGGUCCUUGAUGAGCUUGAUGAGCUUGUUGAACAUUCUGAAUUAAAUUAUGAACUCCAGAGCUUGGAUGAUUUCAUUAAUAAGAUGUCGGGAGAACAGGAGGCAGCACCAUCCACCAGCCAUCAACCUGUCAGGUGGUUGAAGAGAGACAGUGAUGGAAAUGUUGUCUAUGACAGACCAAGGUCAUCCCGAAACCAAAUGGCUAGUCACAGCUACAGUCGUAAGGCUGGUGCUCAUCCUAGAAUGUUGGACAGCUACUGUCCUCCUGACACUGUUGAGACUUUCCUUGAAGAGCGAAACCACUCACAGGGUGAUGACUUGGAUGAUCAGGAAACGGCACCAGCACCACCACGGGCCUCUUCAGACUGGUCUACUCGAAAAAGUCUCCUCUCAGAGAGGUGGGAGAAAGAAAGAGCCUGUCUGGUGAAUACCAUGGUAGCACAACAAAAUGUGACAACUCAGAUCUGCCAACAAUGUGGCAUCAGUCCAGCUGCUGUCCGUUGUCGUGACUGCAGACCACAACCAUUUUUCUGUGCUGAUUGUGAUGUCAGUAUACACCGAAACCACGUAUUCCACAACAGGGAUGCAACAAUAGCUGGAUUCUUUCAGCCAUUGCCUCCAACAACCUGUGUCGUGGAGAGGGCUCUUUCCCAGUGUGUGUGUAUUGUGCCGUUGGAGAUGCCCAAAAAAAUAUGUAGUUGUUCUCCAGGAUCGUUGAGUGUCAACACAGGAAAAGUUGUUGCUGUGGUUACAAUGAAUGGUAAGAAUAAGAUGAACUUAAGGGAACAUUCCAGAUCAAGUGGCUCUAGUGUCCAUAUCACAUUCUGGGCAAAGUGCCCAUAGGGACCUGGGUUGGACUUUAACCUGAUUCCACCCCAUAGGGCUCUCCCACUUGCUUCCUGACACUUUCCAUUGUCCUAUUUGAAUAAAAAAAAACUGCUUAUCUAUUUCUAUUCAAACGUUCCCUAUAGUGGUCUGCGCUGG